GUAAAUCAAAAUGAAAUCGCCGAAAAAUAAAUUAAAGAGCAACGAUGACUUAAAAGUUGAAAAAAAGUCAGACGAUGUUGCAGAGAAAAGCAAAACGAUUAAAAAGGCACCAAAAUCAAAGAAGGCGAAAGUGACCAAAAACGCUACAAAGAGCGCCGUCGUGGAGGAGGCGAGGAGCCCCAAGAAUCUAUCUGUAGCUGAUUUAGCCAAGAUCGAGAAGAAAAAAGCCAAAAAACAGGCACAGAAACUCAAAAAACAGCAGCGAAAAUUGACUACAGAAACAGUAGAAAAGGAGUCCAAGGUGGGGUCCAAAGCAGAGGAAAUAACAUUGGCUGAACCAAACAAAAAGAAGAAGAGUUUACCAGAAGCAAAACCAACCACAAAACAGGGCAAGAAACAGAAAGGAAAAGCAGUCAAAAAAGGAAAUGACAAGGAUCCAGAAGCUCUGAAACGAGAACGAGAUCCUGCCACCGAAGCAGCGACCAUAUUUGUCGGCAAUCUGCCCAUCAAUACGAAGCGUGUCCAGCUUGUGCGUCUGCUUCAACCUUUUGGCACCGUGCACUCAAUCCGUCUGCGUACGGCGGGUGGCAAGCAACUGUUUAAGCACAAACAGCGCAAGGGAGCGGGCUCCUUGAACGCCUACGUGGUACUGGAUAGUGCUGCAAUAGCUGAGAAAGCGCUGGCGCUAAAUGGCACGGAAUUCAAGGAGAAUCACUUGCGUGUUACACCAGCAGCGCAGGUUAGAGGUGCUGUGGGAGCUGAUGGCAAUGGUCAAGCGUCCAGCGAUGCCGACGUCAAGCGCACAGUAUUUGUGGGCAAUCUUAAAUAUACGGCCAGUGAGCAGAAGCUGCGUGAGAUCUUCUCCAGCUGUGGCGAAAUCGACUACAUACGUUGCCUGCAGGACGGCGACAAGGGCUGCAAGGGUGUGGCAUAUGUUUGCUUCCAGAAGCCAGAUGCGGUCGGGCUUGCACUAGAGCUAAAUGAGACUUUGCUCGACGAUAGACCCAUACACGUUGAACGCUACUCGGUGAAAAAACUGGGUGCUAAGCAGGCACGCGACUCUGCGGCUGCUGCAUCGACAGGUCCACAAGCAAAAUCGAAAAAUAAGGCGAAUGCGACGGGUGCAAAGAAGCGCAUAGACAAGCGGCAAAAGAAAGAAAAUGGAAAACCCAACGAGCCCACCAAAUCUGCAGCUGGCAAAAAGAAAUCUGAAUACCGAGGAGUCAAAGUCGAUGCCAUCAAAAAGAACAAGAAACCAAAAAAGAAAACAAAUAAUCAAAUGAAUGCACUGGCCAAGAAAAUUGCGCCAAACGCUAGCAAUUAACUUGAAUUAAUAUUUUAAGAGCCCAACAAUUGACUUCAAUUAAUAUUUUAGGCACUUAUGUAAAUAUUUAACAAACACCGCAGAAAAGUGUGUUGUUUCCGAAUUUCUUUUAUUGCAAGUGGUUAAUAAAAAAG